UGGCGGCUGCCACCGGCAGUGAACACGGCCCGGCACCGCCAUGCUCGCCCUGGAGGCUGCACAGCUCGACGGGCCCCACUUCAGCUGUCUGCAGUACCCAGAUGGCAUCUUCUACGACUUGGACAGCUGCAAGCACCCCGGCUACCCCGACUCAGAGGGGGCUCCUGACUCCCUGUGGGGCUGGACGGAGGUCCCAGCUGUGCCCGCCACCUCCUAUGAAGCCUUCGACCCAGCCGCGGCCACCUUCAGCCACCCCCAGGACGCCCAGCUCUGUUAUGGGCCCUCCUCGACCUACAGCCCUGUGGGCAGCCUCAACCCAGCUGCCAGCCUGGAGGCCCCGGGGCCUGGCUUCCCAGCGUACCCCACGGAGGACUUCGCCUGCCAGACCCUGGGCCCCCCGGCGUACGCCCCGUACCCCAGCCCCGUGCUGUCGGAAGAGGAGGACCUCUUGCUGGACAACCCCGCCCUGGAGGUCUCGGACAGCGAGUCGGACGAGGCCCUCAUGGCUGGCCCUGAGGGCGGGGCAUCCGAGGCAGGUAAGAAGCUGCGCCUGUACCAGUUCCUGCUCGGGCUGCUGACCCGCGGCGACAUGCGCGAGUGCGUGUGGUGGGUGGAGCCGGGCGCCGGCGUCUUCCAGUUCUCGUCCAAGCACAAGGAGCUGCUGGCGCGCCGCUGGGGCCAGCAGAAGGGCAACCGCAAGCGCAUGACCUACCAGAAGCUGGCCCGCGCCCUGCGCAACUACGCCAAGACCGGCGAGAUCCGCAAGGUCAAGCGCAAGCUCACCUACCAGUUUGACAUUGCGCUGCUGCCGGCCGCCCGCCGGGCCUGAGCCCGGGGCGCUCUCGGGGGGGCUCUCAGGGGCUCCAGGUCGGUGUCACGUUGCUGUCCCCUCACCCUAGGUCAUAGGACCCGUGGAUCCCCCACACUGUGAGGGUGGGGGGGCUGCCGUAAUCCCUAAGCCCUGCUCAGGGCCCCUCUGGGAUUCCCGCGUCACGUCCAGGGUCGCAGGACUAUGUGUCUGUGUGGAGUGGGGCGGGCCGGUGCUUCCAGAACCCCAGCCAGGCUGGGGGGCCGCUGUGUGUCUGUGAUCCCACAAUCCCAUGGGGGGGCAGGUGAGCCCACAGAUGUUCACACCAGGAUGGGGCGCUGCCAGCAGCCCUAGGCCCCGUUCAAGGUCUGGGGGACCUCUGCUCCUAUGAGUCCCUCCCGUCAGAUCUGACAUCUCCUAGUUAUGCCUGAGACCCCCCGGGAUCCCUUAACCAUAGCUCAUAUCUCUGUGCCCAGCUGUGACUCUCUUCCUAUCUGUCCCCCCAAAUCCCUCCAUCAUCUUUGGGGUCCCCUAGUUCUCUGGAACCGCCCUGCUACCACUUCUUUGUGUGUCUGGAAUUCUCCAGUCACAGCUAGGGAGGCUCAGGGAUCCUUCCGUCAUGUCUGAAAAUACUUGUCAGGUUUGGGGGGGGGCACCUCAUUGAACCUUGUCAUGUCUGGGCCACCUCUGCCUGGGAUUCUCCAACCACAUCCGUGCCCCUCUCUGGGAUUUCCACCUGACAUCCCCCUAUGGGGACCCCACUAGCAGCUGAGUCGUCAUGGGAACCCUCCCUCUCUUGGGGUGUCCCCUGUAGUCCCAUUCUGCGGAUCAUUCUGGCCACUGAGCUGAUUUCUGGGUGAUCUUGGCAGCCCCCCACAUCGUUUCUAACUGAUGACCCACUCCUUACCCCUCACCCAGGGGGCAAGUCAGGCCCCCCGCCCCCGCCCCCUCCCCCAGCGGGGUUUUCUUUCAUUCAAGGUCACAGUUUUGUUUGUUUUUGGAGGGGCAUCCAAUUUAACUGACAUUUCAAUGGAGGGAGAUUUUGCAAAAUCCUUCUGUUAAAACGUUGCACAAUCCAGCGACCGGCUUUGGGGUGUGCAGGCUGGAGCAAGGCGGUGCUCCCUCCUCCUCCCCCCCCCCAUGGGCCCCUGUUCGCCACCAACCCCCUUGGCUGUCAUACCCUGGUGGCUUCUCUCAGUUGCCUUGACCCUCAGCCACCUGCACUUUGACCCCUGGGUGAACCCAGCUGGGUGAAGCCUGGAUGGGCCGUGGGUGCUCUGCUUGGAAGCCCGAGGCCAGGGGCUGUGGCUGAACCGGAGUCCAGUCCUUGAGCCUCAGUGGCUGGGGGCCCUCGAGUCAAAGACGUGCUGCUUCUGGGCCUCAGUUGUCCCUUCUGUGAAAGGGGAGAGGAAGAGGAGGAAGAUGGUGACAGUCCCUCGCAGCCCGUGGACAGGCCUUUGAUGCAGCUCCUGCGAUCACCACACCCCCACUGAUGGCUGGAGGAGGCUGAGGGGGCGCAUCAAGGACCCAGAGACAAGAGGUCCUUGCAGGGGUGCCGGGUGCUGGCAGCAGCAAGAGCAGAACAACCCCCCUGCCUUGGGGAGGGGCCAGCGUGGGAGGGGGGGGGGUGGCAAGAUGUCCUCCCUGGGGCCUCCAUUGCAAACGAGGUACCUUCUGCAGAAACCAUCAUCACCCCAAGUGUGGAAUGAAAUAAAAUAAACAAAACAAAUCAAGGUAGACGGGCCUCCUGGGACCCUUUGUCAGGGCCGGCAAUGCUGGCACACGGCCUGCCGG